AUGAAAUUUUAUGACGGAAACCAAACGGGGAUGAUCCCAGGCAUCCUACCAGGACCACCAGACUCGGGCCUGGGUGACUACUAUUGGUGGCAGGGCGGUGCUAUGAUGGGGACAUAUGUCGAUUAUUGGUAUUACACGGGCGACGACAGCUAUAACCACGUCAUCAUGGAGGGGAUGUUGCACCAGACAGGAAGCGAUCGCGACUAUAUGCCUAGAAACCACACACUCUCGCUGGGCAACGACGACCAGGGCUUCUGGGGCAUGACAGCGAUGCUAGCCGCCGAGAACAAGUUCCCGGAUCCGCCUGAAGACAAGCCACAGUGGCUCGCCCUCGCCCAAGCUGUGUGGACAACUCAGGCAGACCCAGAGAGACAUGACAGCGCCUGCGGUGGAGGAAUGCGAUGGCAGGUACCCAGAACCAAUGUUGGCUACGACUACAAGAACACCAUCUCGAACGGCUGCUUCUUUAACAUCGGCGCUCGCCUGGCCCGCUACACCGGGAAUGAUACGUAUGCCCGAUACGCAGAGGAGACUUGGGAUUGGUUGUGGGCCGUGAACUAUAUCGACCAUGAGAACUGGAUGGCUACCUUCUCGUACAACAUCGCCAUCCUGAUGCAGGGCUGUGCAUUUCUCGCCAACUAUACAGGAGAACAAAAGUGGUUCGACCGCACUCAAGCUUUGGCGAACCGCGCGAUCGACGACUUCUUCGCUGAUGGUGCCGCCUAUGAGAUCCCCUGCGAGUUCGAAACCGGACGUUGCUCGCAGGACAUGCUGAGCUUCAAGGGCUACCUCCACCGCUGGAUGACCGUGGUGACACAACUUGUGCCCUCGACCCGUGACCUUAUCCUGCCUGUCCUGCGCAACUCUACCGCAGCAGCUAUCCGCCAGUGCACAGGUGGUGCGUCAGGGCGGGUCUGCGGUUUCUACUGGACGACGGGUCAGUUCGUCGACCCGGCCGUAGACAAGACGAGCGGAGCUGGCGAGGCCAUGAACGUGCUAGCAGCGGUACAGAGCCUCCUGGAUGUCGAUCCUCCGGCCACGAAUGAUACGGGCGGCACCUCCAAAGGUGACCCAAAUGCCGGCUUAAACUCGCACCCUUUCAGGGAGCACUCGCCCGUCACCGCCGGCGAUCGUGCCGGCGCAGGUAUCCUGACGGCCAUUGUUCUCGUCAGUGCCGUGGCUAUAUGGGGUUGGAUGUCAAUCCCUCAUGCAGAAUGGAAUGAAUCCAAGGGCAAGGAGAAGGAGAAGAUGAGCCCGACAAGUAUAGAUGCAGGCAACUCACAAGAAAGUGUGACGGUGUCAAAUGGCACCUUAGCCUAG